AUGGUUAGCGAGGAACGGUCGACACUGUUGAGACCGCCGCCUGCGGAUCCGAGCAAGGCGCCGAUUGAGAAUGUCUUGGAGGUCACAGAGGUCGGAGUCUUGGGCCCUGACAUCUUCACAAACGCCCGCAAGGCUUGGGUUCCUCCCGGUGCGAGGGGCGUCUAUGGUGGCACCGUGAUUGCGCAAUGCCUUGCCUCGGCGCAAAAGACAGUCCCUGACGACUUUUACCCUCACUCGUGCCACUGCUACUUCAUAUUGGCUGGGUCGGGAAGCAUACCUAUCCUCUUCCACGUCGAGCGAGUCCGUGACGGGCGCUCCUUCGCCACGCGUACCGUCCAGGCACGCCAACGGGGUCGCUGCAUCUUCACCACGACCAUUAGCUUCGUCCGCGAGGACGCCGGCGGCGAACGGACGGUUCGUCACGCUGUCCCGAUGCCGGAGGAGGCCAAGUACCCUCCGCCGGUGGACUGGCAGGGGGAGCCGGAAUGGGCCAGGGGCGGGCCCUUCCAGAACUACGGCGUGCCUGCCGCACGCGGCUCGGACCCGACAGCCCGGCCCGACGAGCAAAGAUGCCAGCAGUGGAUGCGGUGCCGUGGCAAGAUUUCCGAGGCUGGUGGUCGCCAGGCACAUUUGAAUGCGUUGGCGUACGUCUCGGACAGCACCUUUAUCGGCACGGUGGGACGCGUUCACCGGCUAUGGAGACUGCCCUUUAAGCCGGAAGAUUAUGACGACAUGGCACCAGAAUACCAGAAGCGCGUAAAGGAGCUGGCCGAGUUUGAGGGCCUCGGAUCGACCGUCGAGGAGUGGAAGACGCGCCGCAAGCUGGGCAUGAUGGUGAGCCUGGAUCACAGCAUCUACUUUCACGAGCCUAGCCGUGUCAAGGUGGACGAGUGGAUGUUUGCGGACAUGGAGAGCCCCUGGUCGGGCGAUGGGCGUGGAUUUGUCUCGCAGCGCAUCUUUGCAAAGGACGGAACGUUGCUGGCGACUUGUGUGCAAGAGGCAAGUCGACGUCUGACCCUAUCUGUCCGCGAUGCCUGCUCUACAGCAUGUAGUAGGAAGCUAACUGAGUCUUUUUAG